GCAACCUUUACCCCAUAGCUAUUCCCCAUGGUCAGUCAGUGAGCGGUACUAUGUUUCCACUAUAUUCUACGAAGGAUAAAUAAUACAACAGCGUGUCCCUAACAACGGUUUCGCCGAAACGCGCAAACAAAUCACACCUCGGUCAGUGUUUUGUUGGUGCGAAGUUGAAAAAAGUUUUCUCGAAAUUAACUCUUUAAUAUCAUCAAAUUACUGGAUCUUUUGUUGGCGAUUGCUGCUUAAAACUAUGUUCAUUGCCAUCUGGAUAAGCCUACUAUGGUUGCUCGGUGUUAGCGAUGCUAAAUACGUGGAAGGACAUGUGAAAACAACUGCGGAUUGGGCAUUCCUGGCAAGGUUCUGCUUUCUUUCCAAUCAUGGUCGGUACCAGUAUGAGAUUGAGUACGAAAAACGGUACGGGGAUUUAAAACUGUUGCUCUACUACGAUGACAAAACGCAAUGGCCCGCGGUAUACAAAACGGAUAGACCAUUGACCUGUUCCGAGAAACUAUCUGUUCUGAGCGUUGUUGAUAAUCAGAUUGUGCCCUUGACGCCACGUAAUCACCUCUACUCUGGGUGUACCCUCCUGACGCAAACUUCGAAAGAUAACAAGGAAGUGCUGAAAAAGACUUCGCCAGAUCCUCCCGUGGGUCGCACCCCGUCGAACGAAGAUGAUACAUUCACCUAUGAUCAUUUUUUGAAACCCAGCACACCAGAAGUGAGUGCGGAUCCGAUCGAAGGGUUCGAAUGGAACGCGACGGAAAUAGAUCUGUCCACGAUCGAGAACAGCACGUUUGAGCCGAUGGCAGAGGCACACAGCGUGGAAUACAACGAGUUGGAGAACAACACAGAUUACCGCGUGUACGUUGAACAAUUGUUCGACAAUGCAGCGGAGGUUUCGGGAAAUGUGACUCGAAUCAGGCGGGCUGCCAAGUAUGAUUCGAAGCUGAUAGUGAGUUGCAGCAAUCACGGAACGUUUACCAGUUCAAGGCAGAGGUGGUGGUACAUAGCCAUUUCCAACUGUGGGAGUAAUCGAGGACUGGACGUUUACUACAGAUUUAAGAUGACCAACGGCGUACCGGGCGACUUUUGGCAUGAACAUUUUUCCGCUGAUGAAAUGUACAUUCCACCGAUCUUGUUGGUUCAAUCGAUCUCCUACACGCUGCUACUGCUGGCGGUAUUCCUGUGUGCCAUCGAGCUGAAGUCCCGCCAUCUGUACCAUUGCACCUACCGCUUGUUCGCCUUGAGUGUACUGCUCCAGUGGUUCGGAGUGUUGCUGCUGAGUGUCACAUGGGCCAAAUAUGCCGUGUCCGGGAUAGGACCUUUCACCAGUUUUGGGGCUUUCUUCACCAGUGCCAGUGAAAUUACUUUCCUGCUGUUGCUGCUGCUGAUGGCCAAAGGAUAUACGAUCACUCGGGCUCGACUGAAGACCUGCGCCACCGUUAAGAUAACGGUGUUUACCAAUUUGUAUGUGAUUGUGUACAUUUCACUGUUCAUUUAUCAAUCGGAGGCAUUUGAUCCAGGGGAAGUGCUGAAUCUCUACGAGUCCCCUGCAGGUUUUGGAUUGGCUGGGCUACGUUGUGUAAGCUGGGGCUUCUUCAUCUAUUCUUGCGCUGCUACAAUACGAAAGUUCACGGAAAAAGGCCCAUUCUACUACCCAUUCACAUUGUUGGGAUCGAUAUGGAUCAUGAGUGGACCCAUCUUAACCGUCGUUGGAGUAAACGUGCUCGAUCCUUGGGUUCGCGAGAGUGUCAUGUUUGGGGCUCUGUCUUUGGUAGCAUUCUGUGGACAUUCAGCAUUCCUUUGGCUAACGUGGCCUUCGAGGGCAAACAAGAGCUUUCCCUACCACGUUCGAACCAACCACGUUGGAAUUUCGGCUGCCGAUGAUGAAGUGAACUACCCACGGCAUACUUACGAACCAGCACCUCCGGAAACGGGCAUCAUUAUUCCGUUGUCAAGCAACACGGCAACGCUGAAUGGAAUCUACGAUCAAUAUCUGCGUGAAAGGGACAUCUAUCACAGCACCUCCACUCCAAUCAGUUACGUCUCAUUCCCGGCGGCGGCAAAAUCGCUCAACAACAAUCACCACCCUUACCCAAAUCCACAGAACCACCCGGCUCUCCUCAGGACAACCCCCUCCCAGACCAAUCAACGCAACAUCUACAGCCCCCCUGACAGUGCGCCACAAAGUUUGGCCAUCAGUAACGGAACUCAUGGCAACAACGAUAGUAAUAACAAUAACCACAACAACGAAGACGAUGACGGAGCCAACAAUAACAACAACUAUGGCAACCACGACAUCCUGGUCGAUUCCGGGCAUCCCUCACUGGACACUUCUAUCUCGACAAGCCCGCCAAAACAUGAUGGUAGCGGUGGUUCGAUCAAUAACAGUAACCACCUCGACGGUGACACAGAAGGCGAAAACAAGAACAGUACAACCCCAUCGGCACCGCCAGCACCGUUGGACGAUUCGAAUAUCAAUAGUCCACGGGUGGAACCGAAACCGUUCAAUCCGUUUAUUGUGGGUGCGGCGGCUGCAGCGAUGGCAGAAGAAAGGCGCCGUAACAAGAUUAUACUGCCCAGUCUGGAUGGACAUCACGCGGAGGGAUCGGUUCCGAAGCAUCUGUUUGCUGCCAAACGGGAAGAGAGGUCAAGUUAAACCUGGGAAGAUGCUGUGGUCUAAUGGAUACAUUCACACUUCCAUGAGUUUCUGGUAAUACGAUUUUUUAAUUGAGUGUCAAACUGCUUUCCAAAAAAAAAUCUGUAGAAUAUCAAACUUGCUGUUUUCAUAUUUUGUCAAUGGUAGUAUCGUGCGAGUCGGUAAUCCAUAGGAGUGUGCAUGCAUACAUUUUGGUUGUUCGUAAAAGAAAAAAAAACAGAGUUUAAUCAGGAGAAAUGCACACAUAACUAUAACAAAUAAAGUAAAU